UACAGUCGUCCGAUUCUUCAUGCUGUUUCACGUGUUCUUUUGCAUAUGUUAGUUGGUGCUGAGCUGUAUUCUGGAUGAGUCAUGACAUGUCUCCUUGUGUUGGGUGGAUUUGGUUGGUGCUUUGGUCCGUACACCAUUCUGCAUCUUGCAGUCCCUUUUGGGCCCAGUCAGCACCGGCGCCGGAAUCGCGUACGACCAGGAAGUCCUUCAUGCUGCCCAAACCGCCUCGCGGGCAGCGAUGCAGAACGUGGACCAGGCACGGCUGGAGCAAUGGAGACGGGAUCCAAAGGCGGCGACCUCCUUCCUGGCUGGCGCAAAGGCCUCCGUGGUCAUGGAACUGUUGCCCCAGAUGGUCCACAGCCAGAUUCAAGUGAAUGCCUUCCACUGCAGUGCAGCCUUGUCUGCUUGUGAGAAGAAGAGUGUGUGGACAUCCUGCCUGCACAUCUUGGAUUUCAUGAAAACCUGGAGAGUGGCUCCGAAUGAGAUCCACUACAGCGUUGCCAUGAAGGCCCUCCGACCUGAGAGUCAUUGGCGUCAAGGUCUUCACUUGCUGAGCAGUGUCGUUACUGCGCCGAAUGCGGUGCAUGCUUCAUUGGCCCUGGGUUCUUGCCCCUCCUGGCCCCAAGCGCUGCGGGUGAUGCAGGUCAUGCGCGAGCUACGGCUGCAGAGCUCAUCCAUCACCUUCAGCGUGGCCAUCAGCACCUGCCAGGUGGACGCGGCCUGGGAGAUCUCUUUGGGACUACUGCAUCAGAUGCUCAGCAGCCUGGUUUGGCCGGACCAGAUGUGCUACAGCGCUGUGCUGAAUGUUUGUGCAUCUGCAAGCCGCUGGCAGCAUGCCGUUGGGAUUGUGGAGAAAAUGAUCGAGCGCCAGACACCUCCAGAUCAGAUCAGCCGCAACGCGCUGCUAAAUGCAUGUGAGAAAGGCGCUGCCUGGCAUGCGGCCACCUGCUGGCUGCAGCGCAUGCAACAGACACAGCUUCGAGUCGAUCCGAUCAGCUUCUCUGCCGCCAUCGGCGCUUGCAGCAAGUGCCAAGAAUGGCGGGAGGUUUUGAAUUUGCUGACGGCGCUCGGCACCGGCGGGAUGCGCGCCGACCGGGCGCUGCGCAACGCCGCGGCGCCGGGGCGCUGGCGCUGGGCGCUGAGCGAAGUGCUCACGUCGCGGGUGGUCGAGGAGGCGCCUGAUGAGGUGACCUUCCGCGCUCUUUUGGCCGGUUGCUUCUGGAGCGACGCACUGCACCUGCUGCAGCAGAUGACCCGUGAUCGGUGCUCUCCAAACGCGAUUUGCCUCAGUAGCUGCAUCAACGCGUGCGAUCCCACAGUUUGGCCUCAGGCCAUUGGCUUGCUGUCAGGCACCUUGGCGGUGCCCAAUGAGAUUUGCUACAACGCCGCCAUCAGUCUUUGCGACAAGGCCGGCGAACUGGAGAUGGCUUUGCAGCUCUUGCAGCAGCACGGCUCAGAUCCUGGUGCCUACGCUGCGGCGAUGAAUGCGGGUGCACGCCGUGGCCAGUGGCAGAUGGGACUGAUGUUGCUGGCGCAGAUGGCCACUGCCACGGUCACGGCCGAUGAGUUCUGCUACGGCGCGGCCAUCGGCGCCUGUGAGAGGAGCCACCAGUGGCAGGUGGCCAUCCAACUCCUCGAGGAGAUGCAAAACGCCCAGGUGCCCACCUCGGUGGUUUGCGUGAACUCCGCCAUCAGCGCGUGUGAGAAGAUCCACCAGUGGCAGGUGGCAUUGCUUCUCCUCGCCAGCCUUGGCUUGGAUGCCGACCUCAUUAGCGUGAACGCGGCGCUGAGUGCGUGUGCGCGCUGUGGCUGCUGGGAGCAGGCCUUGGCGCUGCACGAUUCCGUGCGAGCGCGGCAACUUCAUCCUGAUACCAUCACGCGGAAUGCGCUCAUGACCGCUCUCGAGACGGGGUCUCAAUGGCACCGUGCUCUGGAUUUUCUGGACAGCAUCGAUGAGACGCAGCGGGAUAGCAUUACCUAUGCAACCUGCCUACGAGCGUGCACGCUUUCGCACCACUGGGCUGCAGCACUGCGCUUGCUGCGCUGCGACGGUACCGGUAGCGGCGACGGGAGCAUCAACUGGGCCACCUUCAGCACCGUGCUGCUGGUCUAUGAGUUGGGUGCCCAAUGGACUUCACUCGUCCGGCUCUUGGGGGCAGCCGAUGGUGCUCCCAGCGCGGCGCAGCUGUUGGACGCGAACGCGGCACGAAAAGGAGGGCGAGUUCCGCGGUGGAUGGAAGGGCGCUGA